UUCGCAUUCGCUCUGCAUCUGCAUCUGUGGCGCGUCCAGUUCCCUUCCCAUUCAUUCAUGAAGCUUCCGAUUUCCUAAAUCUUUGGACUUUAUUCUGAAUUUAGUUAGUAAGAUUCCAGGAUAGCGGCACGUCAUUAGAGCCUACAGUCAAAGAACAAACGACAAGUUGAAGGACAGUGAAAAACAGUCAAAAUGAAGUUUGAUGAUGUUUUGAAGAUAAUUGGGGAUUUUGGCAAAUACCAAAAGAUUCAAUUCGUUUUGAUAUGUUUGGUUGCCGUCGUCAGUGCAUUCCUCGCCCUCAACAUGGUUUUUGUCGGAGGUACUCCGUACCAUCAUUGCGCAAUCCCAGCGUCAGUUCGAGAGGCAUAUUUCAACACGACAGAGAAUGCAACUGAUGAGGGCCUGGUUGCAAUGUACAUCCCUCUUGACAAGAAGGGUGACUAUGAGGAGUGUAAGAUGUACGCGACCAAUGUUUCUUACUCUUUUGCAACGGCUGCACCGGGGAUCAUCCUGAAUGGCACAGCAGAGGGGAGAGAGACACAAGAGUGUCCAGAAGGGUGGUACUACAGCCAUGAUCCUUUUGGAAAAACCAUUGUUUCAGAGUGGGAUUUAGUGUGUGAUAGCAGAUGGAUGAGAGACACUGCUAAGUCUAUCUUCUUUGCUGGGCGUCUUGUUGGUGCUGUGGUGUUUGGACAACUCUCUGACAAAUUUGGUCGUAAGCCUGUGUUUAUGGCGUGUCUGGUACUGCAGAUCAUCGCUGGUAUCGCCGCCGCAUUCUCCCCCAACAUGCCCUUCUUCUACGUGGUCUAUUUCCUCCAGGGGGUGAUGCAAGUUGGUGUCUUUUUGACAGUUUAUGUGAUGGGUACUGAGCUUGUUGGGCCAUCCCAUCGUAAAUUCACUGCGUUCUGCGUGCAGGGAGCAUACAGCAUCGGUUACAUGAUCCUGCCUGGACUGGCGUACUUCAUCAGGAGUUGGAAAUGGCUGGAGAUAGCCAUUAGCCUUCCUGCCAUAUUUUUUCUUUCUUAUUACUGGUUUGUACCAGAAUCAGUCCGAUGGCUUCUUUCAAACAAGAAGAUGGACCAGGCUGCUGUCAUCAUAAAGAAGGCUGCCAAAGUGAACAACGUCAGCCUGGAUGAGGCGACGCUUACUCAGCUGGAAGCACCAAAGAAGGAGGUUGAGAAGAGCGCAGUUGUGGAGAAGUCGUGCCUGUAUCUCGUCAGUACGCUCAAGAUGGCAGCAAUCUCAUUCAAUGUGUGGUUUAAUUGGGUUGUGAAUGCACUUGUCUACUAUGGCCUCGCACUCAACACUAGUGAAAUAGGAGGCAACGUGUAUAUAAACUUUUUCCUAGCCGGUGCUGUAGAAAUUCCCGCCUACAUCAUCUGCGUCUUUCUCCUGGACCGCCUUGGAAGACGGCGGCUCAUAUGUGGAUUGAUGGUCAUAGGUGGCAUCACCUGCGGCAUCGUUCCAUUUAUUCCAUCCUCACCAGAAAAAGGAGCUGUAAACUGGGCUGCAAUCACCUUAGCCAGUAUAGGAAAACUCUGCAUCACAGCAUCCUAUGGAAUUAUCUAUCUGUUCGCUGCUGAGGUUUUCCCGACAUGUGUUAGAAAUGUUGGAAUGGGUAUCGCCUCCAUGUCUGCUCGUAUCGGAGGUAUCUUGGCACCAUUUGUCCUCUUGAUAGGAGAGUAUUCCGCUCCGGUGCCCCUCAUUCUGUUCGGUGUGCUGUCAAUCAUCGGCGGUCUCACGUCAUUGUUGCUACCGGAGACCCUUGGUAGACCACUGCCGGAAACAGUAGAAGACGUUCAUGCCAUGGUCACUGCGCAGUUCAGUAAGAGAAAGGCUGUGAGAUCUGACUCGUUAGAAAUGAACAAUCCAAUGAGUUAACAGGGGACAUUCAAGCGUAAGAAAACCACAGAGGAAAUCAACUUGCCUGAGAUGGCGGACGAAAAUGGAGAAAAGGCCUAAAAUGUUGAAGGACUUCAUCUCUUAACCCCUUAUACAGUAAACCGUGAAUGUAUUGGCAAACUUAACCAUCUUCAGUUCGUGAGAGACUAAGUUUUGCUUUGCUGCAAAAAUCAAACGCUAUUCAAAUAUGAAAUUGAUAUAUAUUAAAAUUCACGUUUUUUUUAAACUAGUGGUUGCAAAGUGCAAUGCGCACGACAAUUUCACAGUUUACUGUAAAUAGGAAAUUUGGUGCAUUACAAGGUGCAAUCGAGCUUUUUGACUCGAGUUCAAAGAUAUGAUUUUGAAAACAUUUCUGGAAAAACAGCCAUUUUGUUAUGAAUGUAUCUAUACAUUUUAUUUUUGGGGGGGUUUUUCUCAUGUUUCAGUUUGACUUGCGUGUAGUAUUUCAUUCAGUCCUAGAUGCUUAGAAUUCCAUUCAACGAUUUCUUGUUUGCUUUAGUCUUUACUGCCCUGAUAAAAAAUUAACAAGUUUUUCGCCAAAGCUUUUUUCAGAUUCCACAUAAUGAUCUGUUCACCAGCGCUUUGAGAUUAUUACUAUCCUAGUCUCGGCAGAAAACUUGCUUGGGCUUCAGGAGGCUGCUGUAAAGGCCUCAAUUGAACUCGAUCAGUUAAAAAAGUACUGACUUGACCAUAUUUUGACUCUUUGAAUGAUGAAUGAAAUAUAAGUUUAUAUUGUGUUCUUUAUUAAGUCUUUUUUUUAUUGAUUACAAACAAAAUUGUGAAUUUCUCACUUUUGAGCAUACAUCUAAAAAUUGAGAAAAAAGUUUUUCAAUCAAGAAUAUUUGCAAGAGUCUUUAGUGCCAGUUAGUCUGAGUUUAAACAUGCUGCAAUUUUAAACGGUACAGUUUGAACCAAAACAGGUUUAUUCUUCACGUGUUUAUAUCACACGUGUAUACGUGUUUAUAAGGAAGGAAUGAUGGCCUGUUGUGAUUGUGACGUCACAAAGGGUAUAAUUUAGAUCCAAAGUUUCAUAUCACUCAUUGAAAGAUUAUUACAUUUAAAAACUACAAGACAUUGGCAACUAUAAUUUGAAGACAAUCAAGAGACAAUCACCGACUGGCCAAAGGAAGUAACUGUCAAUCAAAUCAAUUAAACUUUUUGUGAUGUCACUGGAGGUUAUCACAACUUCAUUGUGAUCACUGAACCGGAUGUGUUUCACAUGGGUUAGAAAACCUAGUCGGAAAACACUUGGUGCCUUUAAGAAUGAAUAAAAUAAUGAAAAAAAUCUAAAUCAAACAGUCAGCACAUGGACUUGGCCAAGCAGUGUAGUCAUUUGACAGUUGAUGUGUCCGUUUGAAACAAUAGAGUAUAGGCAUUCCAAUAGGCAGGAAUGAUUUUCCCCAGGGUAUACUCAAAAUUUCAUCAAAUCUCAGAAACAAUUGACAUAACAUCUGUCACAGCAAUGCCAUACCCUGGUGACAGUUGGUGCCAUUUAGCAGCACGCCAUAGUUUUUCUUGUAAUCGAUUGAGUUACUGUGACAUGAAAAUUAGUAUGUUCCAAAUUGCUUACUGUGGUAGAAAAUUCUUGAUGGGCAAUUUCUGGUGCUGUCAUUUGUAUUAUAUUGUGUGGAGGGGUAAUGAAUUUUCUGAAAAUUGUUUAAAGGGUUUUGAGUGUGGUGUAUUUUACAAUAUAGAACCAAGUUUGUUGCUCUACACUUGAUUACUAUUUUGAUUGUCUGAACAUAAUGCCGUGCUAUCAAGAUAUACCUUGGAUGUUGUUGUUCAUGGGGUUGAUGAUACCCUUAUUGGGUAUUUGUGCCAGAUAAAGUCUAUUCAAGUAAAUGUUUUCUGUUGAUCACCAAGCUGUUUUGUUUUAUCUUUGUUGUGUGUUGUCCUUAUGUCUAUUUGUUUUAUCGUGUUCAUAAUGAGGUAUUUGAGAGAAUUUGGUGUAUUGCAUCCAUGCAUCCACAUUCACCAGGACAUGUAUGACAAUCACAAUGUGUACUUGGAGUCUCCUUUCAAAACUUUUAACCAAAUUUAAAAUAAAACCGUAACAACUUUUUAAAACCUUCUCUAUCCAGAUUUAAUGGAGACCAUUGUGGCCUAGGAGAAGUAACAUUUUUAGUUGAUUAGUUGGGUCAAACAAACAGAUUAAUGCACAUAUACAUUCAGCAUUGCCCCAACUGUAUUUGGAGGUUCCAUGCGAGAGUAUUUGCUCAAAAUUCUGUAAACCUAUGAUGUUUGCGAUCGUUUCAUAUCCAUCUUUGUGAGGCAAGUGUGAACCUGAUCGCAUCAACAGUUUCAGCUGCCAACAUGAAAUUAACUCCACGUGAAAUGCGAAAUGAGCAAAUUCGCGAGCUUUUGGCUCCGCGAACAUUAUGUGGUUUACAGUACUAAGUAGACAUUCCCAAGCUGUUGACGAACAUAAUACUCCAUUUUAAGAAAAGAUGGCACUGCAAGCAAAGACACCUAAAAUGGCGGAGGAAAAUUUGUGAGUAUUUUGCUUCUAAAAGGCUGGUUCUUAGUCAUGCCUUGUCCAUUUCUUUUCUGUGUAAAAUCACCAAAAAUCAGAGUGCUGUUUUUUCGUGAAGUGGAGUAUUGGUGAAAAUCGUUUUUUAUGUAAUAGCUACAAGUAUGAUCAAGAGAGAUUAAAACAGGAUUUCUUUCAAAACCAAAAAAUUAAGAAAUUACGAUGUAAUUUUAAGUAAUUUCUUGCCAAUUCUUGUAAAAUUAAAGAGGCAUCUUACAUGUAUGUACUUAAAAUUGAAGAAAAUCUGGCUGACUGCGCAAUGGGACCUUUUCCUGUGUUGACAUUUGGUAGACCAACAUAACCUUUAUUAGUGUAUUCUUUAUGUAUUUAAGGUUACUAAGUAUCCGUAAGACCUGCCACAUUGUAAAUUGGCUAAAAAUGGGCUGAAUUUGUACCCCCUUAAAAUAAAACAGUUUUUGAGAUGAGGGGUAUUAUCAAGUGACAAAGUUGGUAUACCUUAAUUUGUCGAUGAUCCAUCAACACGGAUUUAUUUUCAGGGGGGGGGGGGCGUUCAAUCAUGCGCAAUAAAUUCUGUACAUUUGUUUGCGAUUUCUGUAGUAUUUAUGCAUAAUUAGCAUGUAUCCAUGUACAUUGUAUAGUAGUAGAUUUGAUUUCAUGCAAUGUUGGUUUAAUUCACAUGUACAUUUUACAUGCAUUGGUAUUAGCAAGUAUGGGUUAAAGAAUCUCCUAUCGAUACUUGCUAUUAGUCAAUGCACUGGCUGUACUGGUAGGCCUAAACUUGCAUUGAAGUCAUUAUGUAGGUUAUCUGGGAAUUAGCAUUUUAAUUUAUGUAGUCACUUUAACAAAGAUGUCGGCACAAGCUGCCAAUGCAUUCGAUCCAAAAUGUAGUGUAAUUAGGAUGUUCACUGCUGGUUGUUGGUUUCAGCGAUCUUCGUAUAUCUGAGCAUGAAACUUUGGUAUGCUGAACUCUAGGAAGAAGUUUGGUAUGCCCGACUUGAAGAAGAUCCUUGGGAUGCUGAAGUUCAGGAAGAUUGUAAACCUGAUUACGCAUUUUUUUGUAUCUUCUAACUGACAAUGUGAUGAGGCCACAUGAAAUAAAUCAGUCGGUGAUUAUCCCCACCUGACCCAACAAAACAUCCCCGACACUAGAUCACUUUUGGGUGACCAUCUUUCUCAAGGAGGAUAUCCUCAGAAAAAAACAUACCACAAAUUUACCCAAAUACGAGAAAAACCAUGAUCUCGAAUUUCAUAUUUUACAUGUGGCCAUGAUACAUAUUUGCAACCUGAUUACUGUAACCAGUUGAAACCAAGAUUAGUUAGACUGUGGAAAUGAGUAGACUAUAUUUUGGAUGACAUUUAUGAAUAAAUUGGUGGU